GCAGAGCGCCAUCUAACGUCGGUUGUGGAUUACAAUUUACCGGAUAUCAUAACAAAAACACGUCGACAAACUACUUGAUUCCUCGACUUUUGACAUCAAUAGCGAUGCAUAUUAGUUGAUCAACAGUACAAGGAAAAAUGAUAGUGUGGUGAUCGAUGCCUGUCUCGCGCUCGGCUUGUUUGCCAAUCUAACUCUAACUCUCCCGGCAAGAUGAAGAAGGUACGUGGGCCGAAGCUCAGGCCCAAGUACCACUCCUUUUACCUCGUUCUUUUCUCAGUCAUCCUCGCUGGAAUCAUUGUGACCGGCGUCUUCCAGUUCUGGCCCCAUUCCAUCGAGUCGGAGAAGCAGCCGAGGUAUCGUAUCGAAAGCUACAAAAACCUGCCGGAGGUGAAGGUCUCGGAAGGGGCACCGCUGGGGGCAAAGACCGUGCAGGAGUGCCACUACCAUGACUGUUUCGACGUCUACCGAUGUGGUUCGGAGACCAACAGAAUCAGUGUUUAUAUCUACCCCAUGAAGAAGUAUGUGGACGAGAGUGGGGUGCCCAUAACGGGGCAGAUUUCGAGGGAGUUCUACGAGGUUCUCAACGCCAUCGCAAACAGCCCAUUUUACACGUCGAAUGCGGACCAGGCGUGUCUGCUUGUGCCGUCAAUCGACCUGUUGAACCAGAACACGAUGAGAGUGAAGGAGAUGGGACAAGUCUUGAAUCGGCUACCAAGAUGGAACGGAGGUACCAACCAUCUGCUCUUCAACAUGCUCCCAGGGACCAUACCUGACUUCCACACAGCCCUGGAUGUCCCCAGGGGCAAUGCCAUCCUGGCUGGUGGGGGGUUCUCCUCCUGGAGCUACAGGCCCGGCUACGAUGUCAGUAUACCAGUCUUCAGUACCACCAUCUCUUCUGUCAAAAUGAACGAGAGGCCUUUUGACACGGUGCGCCCCUACUUAGCCGUCUCCACACAAGCCGGUAUCCACCCAGACUACCAGGCUCAGCUCUUGACCAUAGCAAGCACCAACCCAGACUUCCAGGUCCUGGAUGAGUGCAAGACUGAGGAGGGUCUCCCGGAUCCAUUCAAGAGGUGCCAGGACAACAAAGCCUUCGGCUAUCCUCAUAUACUACAGGAUGCUACGUUUUGUAUUGUGCUACGUCGGACCCGUCUUGGGCAAGCUGCACUGAGUGACGCACUCCAAGCUGGUUGUAUCCCAGUCAUCAUCAGCGAUGCCUACAUCUUGCCUUUCUCAGAAGUCAUUGACUGGAAAAGGGCGUCGCUGGUGGUCCGAGAGGAUCGCAUCCCAGAUCUUCCUGACAUCCUGCACGCUGUGGAGCUGGAGCACAUCUACGAGAUGAGACAACAGGUCCGGUUUCUAUGGCAACGCUACUUCAGCAGCAUUGCCAACGUCACGCUGACGACGCUACAGAUCAUCAACGAUCGCGCCUUCCCUUACAAGGCCAAGGACUAUGAUUGGUGGAACGAGGAGACUCCGAGAAGAGGUGCCCAGAACCCUCUGUUCCUUCAAAUCAUCCCGCCCAAGUCACAUGGCUUCACUGCUGUCGUCCUGACCUACGACAGGGAACAGAGUCUCUUUGAGAUCAUCAAGCGAAUCUCGCAGACACCGAGUCUCUCCAAGGUAUUGGUUGUCUGGAAUCAUCAAGAAAAGACACCACCACCAGCUGAUAGAUGGCCCAAGAUCAACAAACCUCUGAAGGUGGUGCAGACAAAAGAGAACAAACUCAGCAACCGAUUCUACCCUUACGACGAGAUCGAGACCGAGUGCAUUCUGGCCAUCGAUGAUGAUAUUGUUAUGUUGACGCCGGAUGAGCUGGAGUUUGGUUAUGGGGUUUGGAGAGAGUUUCCUGAUCGUCUUGUGGGCUUCCCAAGUCGUCUCCAUCUAUGGGAUGAAGCCCAGGGCAAAUGGAAGUACGAGAGUGAGUGGAUGAAUGACCACUCGAUGGUACUCACCGGUGCUGCGUUCUACCAUAAGUAUUUCAGUUACGCCUAUACCCAUAAGAUGACGCCACACAUCAAGACCUGGGUGGAUGACCAUAUGAACUGUGAAGACAUCGCUAUGAACUUUCUCAUCGCUAACAUCACAGGAAAGGCACCCAUCAAGGUCACUCCAAGGAAGAAGUUCAAGUGUCCGGAGUGCACCAGCGUUGAGAUGAUCUCGGCUGAUCUCAAUCACAUGGUGGAGAGGUCAGAGUGCAUCAUGGAGUUUGAGAAAGAAUACGGCAUGAUGCCUCUGAAGACUGUCCAGUUCAGGGCGGACCCGGUGCUCUACAAGGACAACGUCCCCGAAGAACUAAAGCGUUACCAUACCAUUGGGAGUUUGUAGGUGCGACUAAAAAGAACAAUUUCCCUAUUAAAGAACUCAAGCUUGAAGCUGCAGUUCAGAGAGUCUGUAUCAUAGAGUUUGAGAUAGAAUAUGGCAUGAUGCCUCUGAAGACUGUCCAGUUCAGAGCGGACCCGGUGCUCUACAAGGACAACGUCCCCGAAGAACUGAAGCGUUACCAUACCAUUGGGAGUUUGUAGGUGCGACUCAGUUUUGCAAGAACAGUAUCCCUGUUAAAGAACUAAAUCUUGUAGCUCCUUUUCAGGGAUUAUGCUCUGCUGUACAAGGACAACGUCCACGAAGAACUGAAGCGUUACCAUACCAUUGGGAGUUUGUAGGUGCGACUCGGUUUUGCAAGAACAGUAUCCCUGUUAAAAAACUAAAUCUUGUAGCUCCUUUUCAGGGAUUAUGCUCUGCUGUACAAGGACAACGUCCAUGAAGAUCUGAAGCAUUACCAUACCAUUGGGAGUUUGUAGGUGCGACUCAGUUUUGCAAGAACAGUAUCCCUGUUAAAGAACUAAAUCUUGUAGCUCCUUUUCAGGGAUUAUGCUCUGCUGUACAAGGACAACGUCCCCGAAGAACUGAAGCAUCACCAUACCUUUGGGAGUUUGUAGGUGCGACUCAGUUUUGCAAGAACAAUAUCCGUAUUAAAGAACUCAAGCUUGUAGCUCCUGUUGUUCUGCUGUACAAGGAUAAUGUCACUGAAGAAUAUAAGCAUUACCUUACAGCAGGGGCCUUGUAGAUACAGUUCUGGACCAAUCCUAUGAUAAAAAAAAGACAGUAACCUGAAGAUCUGAAACACUUCUAUAGCUUUGGUAGCUUAAAGGUACACUUCAGCCACACAACAACAUCCUCAAAGACUUAAAAGACAAUAAAACCUUAUAAGCAUACCAUGGAAAGCAUAUACAUGUAGCUACAGUUCAGCGUGUCCUAAUGCUGCACUGGGCAAUAUCCCUGAAGAAUUUGCAGACCAUACCUUUGGGAGCGUGAAGGUGUGACUCCGUUUCACAAGGACAACGUCAGGAAAGAGUUGAAGCCAUCAACACCAUCAGACACAAGAGGUGUAUAUGUAGUUCAGGGCCUAACCUGAGCCCUGUAGAGGACACUCUAUCUAACACUAUCGAGCAUUUAUAAGCGAACAAACGAUUACAUUACCCUGAGUGGCCAAAAAGUGGUCGGUUUUAGGUCGGUGUGAAGUCAGUUCGGCGGUGUGACCAAGGUAAACAGCUGUAGCUCAUCGCUCCUUGUCACAUCCGGUAGUCUAUUGUAUGGUGUGUACUCCGUUGGGAAGUGUUCCCAGUGCCCCUCACUUGAGCAGAUAUAAACAUGUUGAUGCUAGUCGCACAAACUGCUUCUUCUGGUAAUGCAUUCAAUUAUCGAUGUGUACGCAUCUUUUUGAGUCCACUAUCUUGGAUUUCAUUAUGUUACUCAAAUGCCUUCCAAUAUGUCAGUGAUGUGAAUUUAAGAAAAAGAAACAUUUUCCCUUUUAUAGCCCUAAUGGGGCCGUCAAGUUUACACAAAUUUAAACAAUUUGACUGUAAUGAGAAAAGUCUUUAUUCAUGGUGCUUUAUAUUUUUGUUGUUAAUCUAUAUGCAAACAACGGAGUUCCUUGAUUUCAAAUUUUAUAAUUUCUGAACCUUUUUUUAAAAAUUUCAACAAGAAAGACAAGCCCUUUCUUCUUAAUAGCAUAUGGGUCAUUCCAAGGGGUUGGCGCAUUUUUGUGACAAUACCAGAAUUGAGAAACUAUGUCUCCUAUUAUCAACCAUAACAAUGUUUGCUCAAAUUGAGUUUCGCAUAAAGAGCAUACCGCGGUAGCCAACCAUGUUAAGAUGUGAAGAUGAACCAGCUUCCACAUGUAGUAGAAGAUCUCGUAACCACGUUACCUGGACAUCAUCAUAUUUUUUGCCCAACCUCGUGGAAUGACCCAUAUGCAGGACCAUUUAAAAAUUGUAUAAAUUGAAGUUUUCCAUUCGCACUGGAAGGGUUAAUUGGUUAGAUUUACAUGUCUUAGAUUUCUAAUAAACCAUAUCAACAUUUUAGCAAGGUCGGAUUUAGUUUAACUUCAUGUGUAAAUUUUUAAUUGUAAUUCAUUCAAAAAUUUUAUUAAUUCAAGUGAAACCUCAGUAACACCACUAAAUCAAUUCUAAACCGAUUUCCAAACCAACCAAUUCUCAGUCAUUAGGAGAAAUGUAAUCCCUUUCGCUGUGCUGACGGUCUGGUGUUGGUCUCUAUGUUAUGGUUUAGGUACAACCCUGAUUUCUAAACAAAGUUAUAACCCCGAUAUCCUCAUAAUUGCACCAGGAUAUUAUCCACUUUGGGUGAAGGGUUAAAGAUAUAUAUUUAUGUGUAUAUUUACGAUAUGAUUUACACCUUUUUUCAAUCAUUGGACAUAACUAAAAAUUACUUUAUAUGUCAUGUGUAAAUGGAACUUAUUAGUGAUGGACUAAUUCAUGCGGAAUGCUUCCAAUGCCUAUUUUUUUUGCUAUGGCUGAUGCUAAAAUAUAGCAAUAACUAAUAAACAAGGUCGUAGCAUAAAGAAACUGAGCUGUAGGAAAAAUCGAAAGUAGAAAUGAAACAAUGGAGAUAUUCAGAGAUUGUUGCUUGCCAUCUUAUCUGAAGAUUACACUUUUCGUCAAGGUGUAUGAUCAUGUGUAUAUUUGAUGAUUUUUAUAGAUUCAUUAAUAGAUUAUCAUUCAACACAUGUUCUGUAGCACAUAGUUUCUUCCUUUUGAAUGAUGAAAGAAUGUCAAUUUUUACUAAAAGGAGACUUCUUAAAGGGGUCCACAUUGUAAGGAAAAACAGAUUUCUCUAGAAAGCAAAGUGCUAAAAAUAUAUAAGUUAUAGAAGAAAAUGUGAAUAUUAACAAUAAUUAAAAAAACAAAACCUAUCAACUCAUUCAAUAUUUCAUUUGGGUCAUGUAUUUUGUAUUGAUUAUGUCAGCUUUUGUAAUAGUAAGAUUUACCCAUGAAAUGUUUAAUAACUCAUUAUUUUGUCAGUAUAUAGUUAAAUUAAGGUGUACAAGAAAACAUCAAGGAGAAUAUUAACAAACAAUGAAAAAUGUGAACAUAACAUGUUUUGUUUUUAUAAUAAAAUCUUUAUUUAUUACACUC